AUGGCGGCCCGUUCCACGCCGCUGCUCUCCGCUGGUGUACUGGGCGUCUUAGCCUGGCUGCUUACCUCAUCUUUCUUGUCGCAGACUUUCGUCACCCCUGGGCCACAUGCAAUCCGUCGGGGAAGACGAACCGCCUGUCGCGCAGUUGAAACGGCGGUGUUGCUGUUCCAGCCUGGACAGCGGGUGACCCUGACAGGGCCACCCGCCAUGGCUGGUGCGCAGGGCACCAUCCUUGAGCCAAAAGGCGACGAUGCGUUCGCCGUCCAGUUUGACAAUGGCAGCAUCUUCCACAUUGCCACGCACAACAUUGAGGGCUCUGGAGCACCCCCUGCGGGAAACGUGAACUACGACGCCGUGCGCGCCGACCUCAAACGUGUCAUGGAUGACCCGAACUGGGAUGAUGGAAGCUACGGCCCGUUGCUCAUCCGGCUGGCGUGGCACUCGUCGGGCACCUACUCAAAGCACACCAACACCGGAGGGUCCGAGGGUGCAGCCAUGCGCUUCGUGUAUGGCUCGGAGGCCAAGGAUCCCGAGAACGCGGGCCUGGCGCAUGCGAUCAAGUACCUCCAGCCGAUCAAGGACAAGUACCCGCUGAUGUCGCACUCGGACCUGUGGAUUCUUGCGGCCUACGUCGCCAUCGAGCACAUGGGUGGCCCAUCCAUCGAGUUCAAGCCCGGUCGUGUGGACACUCCCGACGAGAAGGGCUGCCCGGAGUGGGAUGGCCCGAUGAUUGAUGGCCAAGCCUCAAGCCGCCUGCCGCAUGCUGAGUAUGGCCUGGUUGAAGGCUUCGACCGAAACAAGGUUCUUGACAGCGAGGGCAGGAUCUUGGGUUGGGAGAACCUUGCGCAGCACAUGCGCGACGUGUUCUACCGCAUGGGCUUCAACGACCGCGAGAUCGUCGCGCUGAUGACUGGCGGUCACCUCUGGGGCCGGUGCCACCCAGAGCAUUCGGGCUACGCAGGGCCGUGGGUGGAGGAGAUGACGAAGUGGUCGAACGAGUAUGCCGCCGACAUGAUCGAAGACCCCUGGCGCAUGGUAUCCAAUAGUGACACCUGGCUCGACAGCAUUGGCGCCGAAGAGCUCCGACCGGCGCCAGGCAAGCGCCAGUAUGUGAACAAGUUCCCUGCAGCAGAGGGUGGGUCAGGUCUCGAUGACCCGAACCAAAUGAUGCUAGUCGCCGACAUGGUCUUGCUCUGGGACCCAGCCUUCCGGCAAACGCUCGAGGAGUACGCCGUGGACGACACAGGCAGCGACGACAACCACGCCCUGCGCAGAGACUUCGCGGCGGCUUACAAGAAGCUCACCGAGCUCGGGACGCAGAGACUGACGGCGUGCCCCUUUGCCCACUAG